UUUAAAAUGUUGUGGAGGAAAACAAACAUUUUUGAUGAACUGAGGACGGAAGAUGGUGGAAGAUGCUGAGAUAAAGCGUGAUUCUCAUAGAAAGCCAGUGUUUGAUUGUUUUUUGGAUGACACUCAUGUGUGCUGAAGAUCAUCGAGAUCCUAGAGACUUCAAGAGUGUCCGUUCAUCUCAGUCAUCACACACACACUUAUCAGUGACUGUUUGACUGCAGAUAAACACUGCAGGAUCGCUGUUUCUCUGCUUGUUUGUUUGUGUGAAUAUGUGACAGCGGUGUAAAGCCUCCACACGGGGCGCGCACGCUUUAUUCGUGCUGGUUUUGCGCUUUCGGUUUCGCUUUCGAAACCAUCAAGGCGUUGGUGAGACACGGCGCACAGAUCAGAAGAGACAGCAGAUCGCUGGAGCUCAAAGAGUGAAAAUGGCUUCACUAUCUGAAGAUGAUUUUUCUUGUCCUGUAUGUCAUGAAAUCUUCAAGAAUCCUGUUUUUUUAUCAUGUAGUCACAGCGUCUGUAAAGAGUGUCUUCAACAGUUCUGGAGAAUCUCAAAUACUCAGGAGUGUCCCGUCUGCAGGAGAAAAUCCUCAAGAGAUGAACCUCCAGUUAAUCUUGUGUUAAAAAACUUGUGUGAGUCGUUCCUGAAGGAGAGAAAUGAGUGUUGUUCAUCUGGAUCUGAGGAGAUCUGCAGUUUACACAGUGAGAAACUCAAACUCUUCUGUCUGGAGGACAAACAGCUGGUGUGUGUUGUGUGUAUGAAUUCACAGAACCAUGACAAUCACAAAUUCAGACCCAUCGAUGAAGUGGCUUCAUCAUAUAAGGAGGAGCUCACUACAGCACUGAAGACCUUACAGGAGAAACUAAAACACAAUAAAAAAAUGAAAAGACAGUUUGAGGAAACAGUUCAACACAUCAAUUCUCAAGCCGAGCACACAGAGCAUCAGAUUAAACAGCAGUUUGAGAAGCUUCAUCAGUUUCUCAGAGAUGAAGAAGAAGCUACAAUGACUGUACUGAGAGAGGAAGAGGAGCAGAAGGAGCAGAUGAUGAAGGAGAAGCUGGAGGAGAUAAACACACACAUCUCAGCUCUUUCACACACAAUCAAAGACACGGAGGAGAUGAUGGAAGCCAGUGACGUCUGCUUUCUGAAGGAGUUUCCGGUCUCAAUGGAAAGAGUCCAGAACCCACAGCCGGAUCCACAGACGCCUUCUGGAGCUUUGAUUCAUGUGCCACGUUACUUGGGCAACCUGCCCUUCAGAGUCUGGAAGAAGAUGGAGGACAUCGUCCAGAACACUCCUGUGAUUCUGGAUCCAAACACUGCAGAUUCACGUCUCGUCGUGUCUGAUGAUCUGACCAGUGUGACAAACACCAAGUACAAUCAACCUGUUCCUGAUAAUCCGGAGAGAUUUAACUAUUAUUUCUGUGUUCUGGGUUCAGAGGGUUUUAACUCAGGAACACACUGCUGGGAUGUGGAGGUUAAAGAGAGUGAAUGCUGGAUUCUUGGAGUAACUACAGCAUCAAACCAGAGGAAAGGAGGUGCUUUCUUUUACACUGAUGUCUGGUGUGUGUGGUACAGAUGGCCUCCAGGUUCUGGUUUUGGUGUUGAACAGAAGCUUGAUCGUGUGAGAGUGAAUCUGGACUAUGACGGAGGAACAGUGUCAUUCUCUGACCCUGUAACUAACACACAUCUACACACAUUCACAACCACCUUCACUGACACACUCUUUCCAUUCUUCUGGUGUCAUUUUUCUUCCUCUCUGAGGAUCUUAGCGAUCAAUAGUCAGUAAUCAUUACUCCUGCAGCUCUGGAUCGUCCUGCUUUCAUAUUUAAUCACAUGAGUGCGAGACUGUUGAUCUGAAUAUCUGUACGGUUAUGACUGAUAGUUGAACUCUGAUCACUGAUGGAUAUUAAUCAAACUGUAAAAUUACUGAUUAAAUGUCUACAAGGUUCAUAUUAUUUGUAGGUGAAGUUCAUAUCAAGUAAUAUAAUAAUAUCAAGAAGAAAAAGUAAUGGGAAUUAUUGUUUUUUUGUUUGUUUUUUUAAAAACAAGUGUUUUAUUGUACUAAAAUAAAUGAAUAAAUAAAUACAAUUAUUGUUUAUCUUACCUGACCAACUGGAGGCAAUGUUAAGAUUCAUAUUUUCAGGCUAACUGACAUUUACCUAAUUAUUUCAGAGAAAUGUGUCUCUUUACAAAUUUUUCAUGAAGUUGUAUGUAAUAAUAUAAUGUUUUUUUUCUUUUCUUUUUUUUUUAGUUUAUGUCAGUUACACAGAAGAAAUUAUCAUUUAAUUGAAGGAAAUUUAUGCAAAAGAUUCUUCCUAAUCACAACAACAUUGAAUGAAAAAUAUUUAGUAAACUUAAAUCACAUUUAUUUCUAAAUCACUUUGCUCAAUGCAGAUUGUUUCAAAGCAGCUUUAGAGUAAUAAACAGGAAGUCUAUAAUUGCUCACAUAUUUAAUCUGGUAAUUGCUUUAAUUUCCGUGUCAUUAUUGCACUCAAUUCAGAUAGUUCAAAAGCUAAAAUAAGUUAACAACUGCGCAGCGCGAACAUACGAAGUUCGUGUUUUUCCCUGCACGUUACCAUAAUGAAGAUCAGUAUUAAGUUUUUACAUUUAUUUUGCUUAUUAUCUUUCAUAGUACUACAACAGUUGUUUUAGCUACAGGUGCUGGUCAUAUAAUUAGAAUAUCAUCAAAAAGUUGAU